CGGACGGUGUUACUGCUCUGGGGAGUUUUUGCACGUGGAUCGUUGUUCGGGUGGGCGAGAUGGAGACAGCCCCCACGCCCGGCAAGGAUGUUCCACCCAAGAAAGACAAACUUCAGGCCAAGAGAAAGAAACCGCGGCGAUAUUGGGAGGAAGAGAGCACUCCGACCGCUACCGGGGCUUCUCCAGGGCCUCCGGCUAAGAAGAGGAAUCAGGAGUUCCGUCCCCAGAGGCCAAAGAAUAGUGGUGUCUCAAAGAAGUCUCGGAUCUCCAAGACGCCCCUGGUCCCCAGGAAGGCCCGUGAUCAGAAGAAGUCACAGCGCAGUCUGUCGGGGGCCCAGGACCCAUUCCCAGGCCCCGCCCCCGCCCCUGUGGAGGAGGCCCAGAAGUUCCGUCGUAUUGACAAAUCAAAAAAGAUCCCACAUUCUAAGACCAAAACCCGAAGCAAACUUGAGGUAGCUGAAGCUGAGGAAGAAGAGGCAAGUGUCAGAGCUGCUCGUUCUGAACUGCUGCUUGUUGAGGAACCUGGGUUUCUAGAAGGGGAGGAUGGGGAAGACACAGCGAAGAUACUCCAGACUGACAUUGUGGAGGCUGUGGACAUUGCAAGUGCUGCCAAGCACUUUAGUUUGAAUCUUCGACAGUUUGGACCUUACAGACUGAACUAUUCUCAGACUGGGAGACACCUGGCUUUUGGAGGGCGUCGGGGUCAUGUGGCUGCCCUCGAUUGGGUGACAAAGAAGCUAACAUGUGAAAUCAACGUCAUGGAGGCAGUGCGGGACAUCCAGUUUCUCCAUUCUGAGACACUCUUUGCUGUUGCUCAGAACCGCUGGCUUUACAUUUAUGACAACCAGGGCAUCGAGCUCCAUUGCAUCCGCCGCUGUGACCGAGUAACACGGCUUGAAUUCCUGCCCUUCCACUUCCUCCUGGCCACAGCUUCAGAGACAGGAUUUCUGACCUACUUGGAUGUGUCAGUGGGGAAGAUUGUGGCAGCUCUGAAUGCUCGGGCUGGACGGCUGAGUGUCAUGGCUCAGAACCCUUACAAUGCUGUCAUCCACCUUGGACACAGUAAUGGUACUGUGUCUUUAUGGAGUCCAGCUGUGAAGGAGCCACUGGCAAAGAUUCUUUGUCACCGUGGUGCAGUCCGGGCUGUGGCAGUAGAUUCUACAGGCACGUACAUGGCUACCUCUGGCCUGGACCACCAGCUGAAGAUUUUUGACUUGCGAGGGACAUUCCAGCCCUUGAGUGCUCGGACCUUGCCCCAGGGAGCAGGGCAUGUGGCUUUUUCCCAGCGGGGACUGUUGGUUGCGGGCAUGGGUGACGUUGUCAACAUAUGGGCAGGGCAGGGCAAGGCCAGCCCACCCUCCCUGGAGCAGCCCUACCUCACUCACCGGCUCUCAGGCCAUGUGCAUGACCUUCAGUUCUGCCCCUUUGAAGAUGUGCUGGGAGUUGGGCACAGUGUGGGAAUCACCAGCAUGCUGGUCCCUGGGGCUGCUGAGCCCAACUUUGAUGGCCUGGAGAAUAACCCAUACAGGAGCCGGAAACAGCGCCAGGAAUGGGAGGUGAAGGCCUUGUUGGAGAAGGUACCUGCAGAGCUCAUCUGUCUGGACCCCCGAGCUCUGGCAGAGGUAGAUGUCAUCUCUUUGGAGCAAGCAAAGAAGGAGCGGAUAGAGAGGCUGGGUUAUGACCCGGAUGCCAAGGCUCCCUUCCAGCCCAGGCUGAAGCAGAAGGGCCGCAGCUCCACAGCAAGUCUGGUGAAGAGGAAGAAGAAGGUCAUGGACAAGGAGCACAGGGACAAAGUCAGACAGAGUCUUGAGCAGCAACAGAAGCAACAGCAGAAACAAGAGAAAGCUAAGCCCACAGGGGCCCGACCAUCUGCACUGGACAGAUUUGUGCGCUGAGCCAGGCUCCAGGGUGGCCUGGGAACAACCUCUUCCUAAGAUCACCCGCAGGGAAAUAACUAUUUCCUGGAAUGAGGGGACAUGUGUCCCUUUUCCCAACUGUGUAGACAACUAGGUCCUUGGGUGGGUUGGUAUUAAAGAAAACAAGGUUUUUGUAA